CUUAUCUCCUCACUGCUCCCUGAGAUCUACACUCUCAUCCACGCAGUUAUACUCAAAGAUACUCUCUGUCAUUCAUCAUAAGUGAGUAAGCAGGGAGCCGGGGGAGAUCAUGAAGUGGAAGCUGAAGUUGCCGAACCCAGGUCUAGAGGACAGAAUUCUGACCCAUGAAGAGCUGGAGCGGCUGGAGGUGGAGGAGGCAGGAGAUAGGCCCAAGUGGGAUAACAAGACCCAGUACAUGCUGACCUGCGUGGGCUUCUGUGUGGGACUGGGUAACGUUUGGCGUUUCCCCUACCUGUGUCAGAGUCAUGGAGGAGGGGCCUUCAUGAUUCCUUUUCUGAUCUUGCUGGUUUUUGAGGGUAUCCCUCUUCUUCAUCUAGAGUUUGCUAUUGGUCAGCGGUUGAGGAAAGGCAGUGUGGGGGUGUGGAGAACCAUUAACCCUUACAUGAUUGGAGUUGGUAUUGCGUCUAUGUUUGUGUCCUUCCUAGUCAGUCUGUACUACAACACCAUCAUAGCCUGGGUCAUGUGGUACUUCUUCAACUCAUUCCAGGAUCCAUUGCCCUGGAGCCAGUGUCCCGUCAAUGCCAACAAUACAGGACUCGUUCCAGAGUGUGAGAUGAGCUCACCUGUGGAUUAUUACUGGUAUAGAAAGACUCUCAAUACUUCUGCAGCCAUAGAUGAGACAGGGGGUAUGCAGUGGUGGAUGAUACUCUGUCUGGUCUCUGCCUGGUCAGUGCUGUAUAUCUGCUGCAUCCGUGGAAUAGAAACCACUGGAAAGGCAGUGUACGUGACCUCCACGUUACCGUAUGUCGUUCUUACCAUCUUCCUGAUCAGAGGACUGACUCUGAAGGGAUCAGUCGAUGGCAUUAAGUUCCUCUUCACACCAGACGUAAAUGAGCUCGCAAACCCCCAAACUUGGCUGAAUGCAGGAGCACAAGUGUUUUAUUCAUUUUCUCUGGCUUUUGGGGGUCUCAUCUCUUUCUCAAGCUAUAAUUCUGUGCAUAAUAACUGCGAACAGGAUGCAGUCAUUAUCUCCAUCAUCAAUGCCUUCACAUCCAUCUAUGCAGCCACUGUCAUCUACACCAUCAUUGGUUUCAGAGCUACAGAGAGAUUUGAUGACUGUUUAAAUGGAAACAUAUUGACUCUAUUAAACACAUUUGAGCUGCCUGAGGGAAACAUCACUGAAAGCAACUAUGAUGCUGCUCUUCAGAAUCUCACCACCUUGUCCCCAGACAUCAUCUCCAACCUCACACUUAAAACCUGUAAUCUCAACACCUUCCUCAGUGAGGGUGUAGAAGGAACAGGCCUGGCUUUUAUUGUGUUCACUGAGGCCAUCACAAAGAUGCCUCUCUCUCCUCUCUGGUCUGUCCUCUUCUUCGUCAUGCUUUUCUGUCUUGGCUUGUCCUCCAUGUUCGGCAACAUUGAGGGUGUUCUGGUUCCACUCCAGGACCUAAAUAUCUUUCCUAAAACAUGGCCAAAAGAGGUUCUUUCAGGUGUGACAUGCGUGGUGUGCUGUCUGGUUGGGUUGAUCUUCGUGCAGGGCUCGGGGAACUACUGGUUGGCCCUGUUUGACAGUUUUGCUGGCUCAAUCCCUCUUCUUAUCAUAGCGUUUUGUGAGAUGAUUGGAGUCGUGUACGUCUACGGUAUAGACAGGUUCAACGAAGACCUGGUAUUUAUGAUUGGACACAAGCCGAACAUCUUUUGGCAAGCCACGUGGAGAUUCAUUAGUCCUCUUAUCAUGUUAGUCAUCUUCGUCUUUUACUUUUCCACCACCAUCACCAAGGAGAUCUUCUACAGUGCCUGGGACCCUGAAUCGGAAAAUUUCCCAGCGCUAGAAAAGAAGCCUUAUCCAUCAUGGAUCUAUGUAAUAAUCUUUCUACUGGCUGGGAUUCCCAGUUUGUCUGUGCCUGGUGCUGCUGUUUUCAGAGCCAUACGAAACUACUGCUGCAAAAAACAUCACAGUGACAGAGUGCAUGAGCUUGACUCCAUAUCUAGCAAAAUUCAGGUGCAGGAUGAAGAGAAGAAAUCAGAAAAUCCCUACAAGAGCUAACUUUUAUUAACAAUUUUGACAGUUUUACACAUUUUCAAGCUUACACAUUUUCAAUAGCUUCUUAUUCAGAGUAUUGAUAUAGUUUGACAGAUGUUUGUUUGCUUUAAAUGCCAUUUUUCUUGUCUUUAAUAGCGAAAACAAACUAUCACAGUAAAAAAGAAUAUUUGACAGUAUUCAGAUUUUCCACGUAUAAUGUAAAAAAUGUAAAUUUAUGGAAUUUACUGUUUUUUAACAGAUGUUUCAUGUCUUUUUUUUUAAUACGAUCAAAAUGUAAAAUUUACCAGAAACAGGAGAAGCAUGUAAUUCUAGAGAUUUAUUUCUUGCACCCCAGCUGCAAGAAAAUUUCUUAAACAAUGAAAGCCUAAAAUGGUAUGUCUUUUUUCAAAAUAUCAUUGUGGUUUCAGCUAUUGUGUUCUCUUACCGUCCCAUAACAUUAACAGAGCACAAUCCAGAGGACUUUUAGAAAUAGUAUAUGUUAUUUUCUGUUGAAGAAUAUAUUUUAAUAUAAUUUUACGUACAGUAUCUUUCACUAUUGUAAAAUAAUAUGAAGAUUCUGUAUUAUUUGUGACAUUGGCAUAUAGCAGGCAAGCACUUAAAUUCAAGAGCAUAAAUGUUCAUAUCAUUCAUUGUAUUUAUUUUUAUAACAAAUAAAUAUAACAAACUGUA